AUGGAAAAUUGCAUUGUGCAUGUGACUUUAUAUAAUUUACAUAUUUUUAUCCUCAGGAAGAAGAAAAUUGAAAGCGCUGAAGAUAAUGACAAUCAGAGAGCAACAGCAGCCGACACACGGACAGAAGAUGUCCUCUAUGCCUCUAUUGACCACACUACCAUCAAUCCAGAAAGGCCUAUUCGAGACUUGGAGGACAAUGAUUGUGAUUAUGCCGUUGUAAAGCUCCCUCAAAAGACAACAGACAUGGCCAAGCAAAAAAGCAGUGAGGACUGUUCAGAUGAUUAUGUGCUCAUGGGCUGAGCAUUGAAAUGCUUAUUGUGGCUGAAAUCAGCACAUUCGGCCAGAAUGGACACC